UCAGAAACAACCAUGUACGUGAAGAGGACAUAGACCGGAUGCAGCCUUACCCAUGGGAAUAGCCAGGAGGGGCUGGCUAGCAAGGUUCAAGUUUAAGAAAAUAUUGUCCAGGAUGCUCAUAUGUUUUCAUUAUAUUAUAGUUUCUUUCAUGAAACAGUAUCCAAAGAAAACAGGAAGUCUUCACUUCACUCCCAACCAUUGUCUUUGAUCAUGUGAGCCAGCUUGAUAAUAAAUUUUCUUUAUUUCUAUUUCUGACUGCUCUCAAAUGCAUAUUCGUAUUUCUACCCAAGUGCGGCUUUGCAGUUCUCACCGUAGAUGUCUGCAGCAGUGUGCAGGCCAGUGGGGAGGAUUCUCCUCUGCGGGGCCACAGCCCACGUUCACCACAGAAUUGAAGAGGUAGGCCCGUCCCUGACUUCCCUGAAAGGACUCGGAGACCAGCUCGUCAUGAUUGGCCAGGUGGGCUUUGCAGUGGACACAGAUGUACGUUCAGUGACAGUCUGGCAGAUAAGCUUGGAAAGUUUUGGAUUUUGUCAUCCUCGCCAUCUCUGCCGGGCACGUGUCGCUCAGGUUAGGGCUGGCACUGGAAGAACUUCCGCUCCGCCGGGCUCUUUGACAGAAGCAGCACUGGAACAUGCACACGAGAGGCGUUGCUGUUCUGAGGGCAUGUGUCACUGUCCACACAGCUGGGAUGAGAGAAAAACAUCACAAUGGCUGCAGCCCAAGGUGCCCAUCCAGCCUGGGCCUCAGCACAGGCCCAGUUCUUAAGCGGCUCAGGUGCAACCUGGGACACACUGGGAGGUAUCCUCCCGCUUCCUUGUAAGUACUUUAAAGAGAAAAGCAUUUGGGAGUAUUUCAAUUUAAAAAACCCCGCAAUUUUAUGAUAGGGGAUAUGUUCAAAUGGUGACUGCUAAAAUCAUCCCCUAGGUAUUUGAUGAGCCAAAAGUCACAGGGAAAAGAAACAGGAAUUUUGAUUAAAAUCCUGAUAUUGGUUAAACUUUUUUAUGGUCUAUCUUGAUUUUGGAAAUAUUGGUUAGCCUUCAUGGAGUGAGCAGUAAUCCCUUAAUCAGCAGGAUAUUAGCCAUUUGGAUUUGGACAUAUCUUUGGGUCUCCAAGAUAUAUUUCACAGUGGUAUGAAAGCUCUAUGCUGAGUAAACAGAUGGCCUCUACAGAUAUGACAGAGUAGGCAGAAUUAGGCAGUCGAGCUCUAAAACGUCAAUAAGAACCAUAAGUCUUUCGGACAAGACUGCAAGUAGAAAUCAGGGAGUCUAACCUCUGCACGUACAAAGAGACUGAGGCUUAAAAAGAAGACAAGUGACUCAUCUAAGGUCACACAGGUGCUAAGUAACAGGGUCAUGAAUAGCACCUUGACCUGUCUCCUUGAGCAACUGAGACACAAUCUCAGCACUUCCCACCACAGCAUCCAAAAUCCCCAGGGAUACUAGGUGCACCCUUGGAAGUUUCACCUCGGCAUGUUAAGUCUCAGAGUUUUACCUUAACCUCAUGUCCUUUCUGCAAUGCAAUUCACUACAAUGACACUUCCAUUCUCCUUGAACUGAAGUGGCAUUCCAGGAGUUUGCCUUCCGUUGAAGGUGUGGCGCCUUGAGCCUCGGCACACUCACAUACCUUUGACCUUUUCACUGCAUGGUGACACAGAACUUCUGGAAGGCCUCAAAGGAGGUGCGUUUUCUUUGUCACUGCUACUGAUUGAAUGUAAUUUUAGUCCUGCUUUAUGCCUAGCCUUGUUGCUUUGUGAAAUUGAGAAAAGAAUUUGAAAUCAAGCAUAAAUUUAUUUUGUACUAAAAUUUAUAGAGACGCUACCGGUCUGCUUAACAGAUAAGAUUUUAUUAACAUUUUAUCUGUUAAGCUCAUCCCCUGAUUUUCUAUGGGAAAGCAGUUGGAGGACACGUGUGAGAGCAUCCUCUCCUGAAGAUGCAGAGGACUAUCGUUUUGCACAAUUUUCUGAGGCCCUGGCUGAGCUCAGCAGGAAAGCCAUUCAUUGCUGGUAUCAUAUUGUAAUGCUUUAGAAAAUACUGAAAAACUGUAUAUAGGUGUGAACCUAACUGACAUGGGAAGCAGCUCUCACAACGCCAUUAGCUGAGGACACUCAGUGGCUUGAAAAAGCUCUACAUCUUCAGAGGUUGUGGGAGGGAUUGCCUGGAACGAGAGCUCCAGGCACAGCACCUCCACCUGCCCCAGUCUGCUGGGGAGUCUGCUUUUCUUGUCUGCACAUGGCAGAAAGAUCACAUUUCAUCCCUGGUGGAGGAAUUAAAGACCGUGACUAAGUGAACAUGCUUCCUCAAGCCGUGAUUAAACUGUUAAGCUGUAGAAAAAGCAGCAAGUGUCAUUCUAAAACUUGUUUAUGUUGGUGUUACUAGACUGUAUAAUCAAUGUCUGUAAACAGAUUAAACUCUGGAACAACUGGGACAGCAACUCUGGCUAACCCCCUCCAGAAGAACUACAGUGAACAUAUGCAUGGAUGACACCAUUAGCUGCAAAGAAAAACCAAGGUUAACGAGGCGACGAUGACGAGAACAGCCAUGGUCCCAAUUUGGUGCUGUAGUGCCUGGGGAAGAUUUCUGGCCCUGCCACUUGCUACCGUGAAACCUUGGGCAGUUUCCAUAAACUACCUGUGCUUCAUUUUCCUCAUUUGAUGCCAUCCAGAUACAUCACCUCACAUCUACUGAACACUUCUCCUUAGGCUUCCUUUGGCCACGACCCUUUUUCUGACUUUCCCUGAUGUUGAAGACCUAGACAGCUUUGAUGAGAACAGGUGUUGCGUUUCUUACAAAUUUGAAGGCAAGACCCUUCACCUGAAAAUCAUUAAGACUUACUUUAUUGUGAUACUCACCUUGUUGCUGUGGUCUGGAACCAAGCCUGCAAUAUCUCCAAGGAUCUCAAAGAUAUGCUCUUUUAUGUUUAAAAAAUAAGACAGUUCACACUGAAAAGGGUGAAGAAUCUUACAUCAAGUCACAGGCAUAAGCAGGAGAUUGAAGGGCCAGCAUUCAAACCUCAGGAAGAAGGAGGGUGAGUCUAGUCCCUUCACUCCAUCCCCGUUAGAGGCAGAACUGCCCAACCUCCUUACAUCUUGCAGCAACUCCAUUCUCAGCACAUGGCUUAUAAGAUCUCUCUUCCAUCAAGCCAUGGAAAAAGAGCAUGAAGGAUCACAUGAACUUCCAGUCCCAGAAAACCUGAAUCAUGGCCGGCCUCACUCAAUGAAUCUGAACACCUGAUGCUCCAGCACUCUCCUGAUCGGAGGAGGAGGUCAGGGACAGGAUCACAGGCGGGAAAAACUCUGGAAACUGUGAAGCGCUGUAUGCAAGAGGUAUCUGCAACAGGUAUUAACACGUGAACCCCCACUUUCCAAUCCCAGGAGUCCCUCCUGUUUGCACUGCUCUCCAAAGCCACACAGCGCUGGGUGGAAUGGCAUAUUAACCCCCAAGCUCCCGUCAGGGCGUUUCUCCAGCUGGCGGGGGAGGAGUUUCGCCCCUCGCCCACGCCCAGCGCCUUCUCUGCGGUGCGCUUGCACUAUCGCUGCUUUCCCGGUGUCUCUCUCCCGCCCAGGCCCCGGCUGCGCUUCCCGGCCCGGCAGGCUCAGCACGGCACGGCGGGCGGGCAGCCAGGAUGCAGGCGGCGAACAAGGAACACCUGUAUAAACUGCUGGUAAUCGGGGACCUGGGCGUGGGUAAGACCAGCAUCAUUAAGCGCUACGUGCACCAGAACUUCUCCUCGCACUACCGGGCCACCAUUGGUGUGGACUUCGCGCUCAAGGUGCUUCACUGGGACCCGGAGACAGUGGUGCGCCUUCAGCUCUGGGACAUUGCAGGUCAAGAAAGAUUUGGAAACAUGACAAGGGUCUAUUACCGAGAAGCCAUGGGUGCAUUCAUUGUCUUUGAUGUCACCAGGCCAGCUACAUUCGAAGCAGUGACAAAGUGGAAAAAUGACUUGGACUCAAAGUUAAGUCUCCCUAAUGGGAAACCAGUUUCUGUUGUUUUGUUGGCCAACAAAUGUGACCAGGGGAAGGAUGUGCUCAUGAAUAAUGGCCUCAAGAUGGACGAGUUCUGCAAGGAGCAUGGUUUCGUGGGAUGGUUUGAAACAUCAGCAAAGGAAAACAUCAACAUUGAUGAAGCUUCCAGGUGCCUGGUGAAGCAUAUCCUGGCCAAUGAGUGUGACCUGCUGGAGUCCAUCGAGCCGGACGUGGUGAAGCCCCAUCUCACACCUCCCAGGGCUGUCAGCUGCUCCGGCUGUGCCAAAUCCUACUAGGCUUCCUGGCUGGCCUAGGAUGGAAAUAAUCCCAUCAUCUCAUGUAUUAUCUCGUUUGUUACCGUGUUGGGUAAAUGCGAUAGGGACACACCCACGUGGCAAGCCAAAGAUCUAUGCCUGUAUCUUUCCUACACGACAAGAAUAGCAAAUGUUCUUUUUAUGUGUUAUUUUGCCAGCGUCAGCACAGUGUUUACAACCUUUGAAAAUAUUUAGUCUGUUAAAAAAAUUCCAUCCUGUAGCUAACCACAAAUCUGCAGGACUGGAGUGGGUCCUGUUACUUGCCUCUUUGAAUCAGCCGAGGCCUCAGGUUUUAAGAGAGAAAGGAGAAGGGAGCAGACUGGCUGGCAAGCCCUGGCUUUUGCUUUGCCCCUGGGGUCUAACCAGAUUGCAGCACCUUCUCCGCUUCUCCAACAGGGCUCUGAGCGGAAACGGUGUUUUCUCCAGAGAUGACCUCCAUUCCAAACACUCCUGAGUUACCCCUGACUUAGCUCUUCAGAGUCAUGUACACAGGCCUUCUGUGCUUUUGUUGCUUCUGCUGUCACUUGCCACGCACUGAAUGUUGGUCUAACCAAAAAACGUAGGAGAAGAUCUGCCCCCUAGACAUGCCUUUUUGCCAGCUCUGACUCAUGCUGUGGGACUCUGUAUGUGUAAUAUACAUUGUAUAUAUUUUCACAAGUGAAAAAUAAAACAUUAACAGAU